AUGACGCAAACUGAUAAUGCAAUAGAGGCAGAGCUUUGGGCGAUCUACUUGGGACUCAAGUGGGCUUAUCAUCAAGGCAACCGGAAGCUCCUCCUUUUAAGCGAUUCGAAACAGGCGGUUGAGUGGCUCAAUGAGCAACAUGUCAUUCUUGGAGACUGCGGUACCUUAAUCAAAUGGUGCAAGGAUUGGCUUGAGAAGGACUGGUCAGUUAUCGUGGAACAUAUCCCCCGUGAAGAAAAUGCUGCGGCGGAUUGGCUAGCCAGAGAAGCCCCUCGACGGCUUUGCGAUUGGAUUGAUCUUCACCACCCACCGAAGGAAGUUCGUGACAUUCUGUGUGCGAACAUUGAGACUUUUGUGUCCGCCAACGUUAGUCACUAG